CGGCAUCCUCGGGGUGCCACUGAAGGAGGCGAUGAUCGGCACCUCGCCCGUGCUCGUGCUUUACCUCGCGUACACCGUCAUGGCCGGCGCGUUCACGCUGAAACUCAGCAGCGACUGUGCGUCGUCUGCUCCGGCUCCCGGCGUCCUCGAACCGCCGUCGCCGCCGCCGCCGCCGUCGCCGCCGCCGGGCACGGCCUACGUGAGCUCCGGCGAGACCAACUACUGGGAGAUGGCCAGCGCGGUGGCCCUCGGCGUCGCGAUGAUCUCCAUGUCCUGCACCUCCUUCGCGGCGGUGUACUACAUGGAGGACACCGUCGAGAAUAAGCGAAAAGAGUGCGAGGCGUUUCCCGUGGACGAGGAGGUGGAGGCGCGCGAGAAGAAGGUUCAGGCGAAGAAGCACGCGUACAAGGCCGUGACGUCCUGGAACGCGUUGCCGAAGCUCGACAAGUGCCUCCUCGGCGCGUCGCUCUUCCUCAUGACCCUCGCGUGCCACAUCGCGGGCAACUUUGGCAGCCUCUGCUUUGCCACGUUUUCCGUGACGUGCUCCGUGGCGCUCGCCGACGUGGUGCUGCCCCUCGGGUGGGUCGCCAUCGGGCUGUUCACCGCGGGAUGCCUGACGUUCUACUUCUACGGCAAGGGCGCGUCGAGGCGGGCGCGGAAGGUGCUGGAGGCUGAGUCCAACGCGGACAUGGUGACCGCGGACGCGGUGACCGAGAUUGGCGGCGCGAUCGAGUCGGGCGGGAGGCGCGGUCGAGGCGCGGUGAACGCGGUGGAGCCCGCGGGCACGACCGCGCAGGACCCGGCGAGGCUUCCUGGUGCCGUGACGGAGCAGGUGACUCGGGCGGCGAACUGGUCGGACGACGAGACUCCUCCCGGGAGCGUGAGCAGUUACGGAGAGGAGGAGGACGUGGAGGAGGGCAAGCCGUGGGACCGCAUGUGAAUUUUUAGUGGACGUUAACGGUAGUUAACGAUUAUUGAUCAACGACGUAUCAGUUUG